CUCGAGAACCUCUCUCCAAACAACAAACGAAAAGAAGCGACUUUUGCCUCUUUUGGUCUCUCCCCUUCUCCAGGGGAUCUGCUCUCUCUCUCUAUCUCUCUCUCAAUCUGUAAGAAGAUUCUCAACUUCAGUAAAAACCCUAACUUUGCUUGGGAAAUUCUUCAUCUAUCAUCCUUCAAUUGUCAUCAUCGAUGGCUGAUCAACAAACCCUAGAUUUGUCUACUCCUCCUACUCAAUCCGAUGAUCUAUCUCACUCCCACUCUACUUCUUCUACUACUUCAGCUUCUUCUUCAUCAGAUCCAUCGCUCUUAAGGUCUCUCUCCUUAAGUCGACUCAACGCCGGAGCUCCUGAGUUCGUUCCUGGUCGAACUACUCCUCCGCUACCUCAACCUCCGAGGAUGAUUAUCCCACCUCCUCCACCUCACGGUAUGCUUCAUAUGUAUCACCACCAGCCUCCUUUCAAUACUCCGGUUCUUGGUCCUGUUCCAAUCCAGCCUCACUUGGUUCCUGUUCAAAAUCAUCAUCCUCAUCAUCGCUUUCAUCAUCAUCACAAUCGUCAUCAGAAUCAGCAAUAUGUUCCGGUGAGGAAUCACGGAGAUUAUCAGCAGCGUGGUGGUGAGCAGGAACCGGAUUUGGUUCCGAAGAAGAACGAUCGGAGAGAUCAUAAUAAGAGAGAAUCUAAGACCGACCAAGCUACUGAAACUGGAGCUUCUGUUUCUGUAGAUUCGAAAACUGGUUUACCUGAAGAUUCUAUCCAGAAGAUUGUGAAUCAGGUUGAAUACUAUUUCAGUGACUUGAACUUGGCGACCACAGAUCAUCUCAUGAGAUUCAUUUGCAAGGAUCCUGAAGGAUAUGUGCCUAUUCAUGUUGUUGCAUCGUUCAAGAAAAUUAAAGCUGUCAUCAACAGUAAUUCUCAGCUUGCCGCAGUGCUACAGAACUCAGCAAAGCUUUUUGUUAGUGAAGAUGGAAAGAAAGUGAGACGCAUAAAUCCGAUCACUGAGUCUGCUAUAGAAGAGCUCCAGUCUCGCAUUAUUAUUGCUGAGAAUCUACCUGAGGAUCAUUGCUACCAAAAUCUGAUGAAGAUUUUCUCAACUGUUGGAAGUGUGAAGAACAUCCGUACCUGCCAGCCACAAAAUAAUGGAAGCGGUGCUCCACCCGCAGCAAGAUCAGCAGCCAAAAGUGAUGGUACGCUUUUCAGUAACAAGGUUCAUGCUUUUGUUGAGUAUGAGAUGGUUGAACUAGCCGAGAAAGCAGUUGCCGAGUUAAAUGAAGCGGGAAAUUGGAGGAGCGGUCUUAAAGUCCGGUUGAUGCUAAAGAAUCAGAUAAAGGAACCAAAACAAGGUCAAGGGCGAGGAAGAAAAGGACAUGAUGCAGAAGUAGACCAUGAGGAAGAUGAUGCUACAACAUCCGAGCAGCAGCCGAUUGAGAAACAAUCUGAAGAGUGUUCUGGGGAAUGGGAUACACAUAUGCAAGAGCAGCCAAUAAUAGGAGAGGAUCAAGGGAAUGAAAAAGCGGGUGGGCAGAGAAAAGGGCGUAACAGAGGUAGAGGAAAGGGACGAGGACGAGGUCAACCACACCAGAACCAGAACCAGAACAACAACCACUACCACAAUGGGAGAGGAAAUCAUCAUCAUCAACAUCAUCAUCAAGUGGGAACACCACCUUCAAACAAUCCAAUGAGCAACAUGGAGCAACCAGGCAUGGGGAAGCAGCAACCACCUGGACCACGGAUGCCUGAUGGGACGAGAGGAUUCUCGAUGGGACGGGGAAAGCCAGUCAUGGACCCACCUCUUCAUCCUCCUCCUCUUCUCCCACCAGCAGUUCGGAAUUACCGAGGUCUAGUUGAUAGUGGCGGUUUUAAGGUUACCCUCUCGGAGCAAUUUGCUCUUUCCCACGAACGUCAUGCGUUUACUGUUGGAAUCCCUCAAGGCAUGAUGCGCAAGGAGCUUGGUAUUAUUAAGUUCACAGCUCAGUUUGUGGUGCGUUAUGGGAAUGUGUUUCGGAAUGCUUUGUGUGAUAGAGUGUCUACUGAUACUCAGUUCGAGUUUCUGGAUAAGGGAGGUCCAAGGUAUCACUUUUUCUUUCGUCUUGUUCAUGGGUAUGGUCGUCUAUUAAGGGCUUGGGAAAAUCCUCCUGCUGGUAUGGAAGCUCUUCUUGAAGGUUUUUUCACUGCUUUUAAUGCUUUCAAGAAAAAGCUAGAGGAUGAUGAGGAGCUAGUGGACAAGGUUGAGACUGAUAGGCGUGAUUUUGUGGUUUGUGAUGAGUAUUUUGUUGACCUCGAGAACAAAGCCCUUGAACUCAUUCCAAUGGCCAUGAGGCAUCGUCCUCCUUUGAAUUCUCAGGGUAGAUUCAUGGUGCCAGCUGACCCUAUCUUGUUUAGAGUUGAAAUCCCUGAAGAAGGCAUGAUGCGCAAGGAGCUUGGUAUUAUUCAGUUCACAGCCCUGUUUGUGGUGCGCUAUGGAAAUGAGUUUUGGGAUGCUCUCUGGGAUAGAGUGUCUACUACUGAAACAGAGUUUCAGUUUCUGAAAAGGAAUCCUGGAAAUGAUAGCGGAAGGUAUACGCUUCUUUUCUCUCAGCUUCUUCUUGCGUAUGGUAAUGUAAUAGAGUGUUGGGGACUGAGGCCGAGAAAGAGUAACCCCCCGGCUCGUAUGGAAGCUGUUCUUGAAGGGUUUUUCACUGCUUUUAAUACUUUCAAGAAGAAGCAAGAGGAUGAGGAGGAUGAGGUAGUGAACAAGGUUGUGACUGAUAGGCGUGAUUUUGUGGUUAGUGAAGAGUAUAUUCAGUAUUUUCUUGACAUGGAGGAGUCUACUCCUCGACCUGAAAUGCUUCUUAACGCGACGUCAAACGGAAUCGCUGCUUGCUCGUCCACCAUCCAAUGGUGCAACCACCACCUCUACAUGAGGAACCAGAGCCAAAGAGAGAAAAGCUUGAUGCCCUUGUUUCAGAAGAAGAGUUUCUUGCUCAACAUCCAGUAAUGUUUUCUUCAUAACUUAAUUAUAUUUUUCGUCUCAAUGUCAAUCCUUCCACUGCGUUUUUUUAAUCACUAAAACUCAGACACAUGA